AUGCGUAGAACUGAUGUCUGGAAAAUUGAAAGGUUAUUUGAGGUUAUCUCGCUGCCCAACGGAUAUCACGUAAUUCGAUUGCAAAAAAAAGGAGGAAAGCAAUUUCGUAAGUAUUGGGUAAGACCAAUAUUUACCGAAAGCAGAAGACUACAACAAGGAGCAAGUGAUAAUUUAAUUGAAGAGAUGGAAAGUGAUGACGUUGAAAAAUAUCACGAAUACUUCAGGAUGUCGCCAGAAUUAUUUUACAAAUUAUUGGAAUUGGUGAGGCCAGACAUUGAGAAGCAGUGUGUAGUGCGAGCUCCAAUUUCAGCUAAAAUCAGACUCCAAAUUACACUCCGAUACUUAUCAUCUGGAGAUAGCAUGAAGUCCUUGUCUUAUGCCUUUCGUGUUGGACAUAAUACAAUAUCCAAAUGCAUACAUUCCACAUGUGAAGCUAUAUGGAACCAUCUUAAGGACUCUGUUUUCAUUAAGGAUAACGAAGAGAGUUGGAAGGAUAUCGCAAAAGACUAUGAAGACUUGUGGGACUUCCCAAACUGUAUAGGGGCAAUAGAUGGGAAGCAUGUAAUGAUUCAGGCUCCACCAAAUAGCGGAUCUUCUUUUUACAACUACAAGGGCCAUCAUAGCAUUAAUUUGCUUGCAGUUUGUGAUGCAAGAUACUGCUUCACUAUGGUUGACAUAGGUGCUAAAGGUAGGGAAAGCGAUGGGGGAGUUUUUGCUCAUAGCGAAAUUGGAAAAAGAUUUGAGAAUGGCUCGUUCAAUCUUCCUCCAUCACAGAAAGUAGGAAGUAGUGGACCAGUUGCACCUUUCGUUCUAGUGGCAGAUGAAGCCUUUCCCCUAACUACAUAUAUGAUGAGGCCA